AUGGCAGAAGAUGAAGAGUUGAUCAGGUACACUGACACAUUCAAGAAGUUGUACACCUCCAGGUGGUCUGAGUUGGUGUCUCACAGUGCCCUGAACACACUGAGCGAUGCAAAAUACAACAAACCAUCAACAUUGCCCUUCACUGAAGAUGUUCAGAUCCUUCAUCAGUACCUUGAGAAAUCUGCAGAAAGUGCCUUCUGCAGCUUGAAGGAAGAGGCCACCACUCAGAACUAUGCUCAACUUGCAAAACUCACACUUGCACAAAUCAUUGUGUUCAAUCGAAGACGAUGCUGGGAAGUUUCAAAAAUGCGCCUCAAAAGUUUUCAUGAAAGGGACAACACAAAGCUCCAUGAAGAUGUUGCCAUGGGGUUGUCUAAGACUGAACAGAAGCUCUGCAACUAUUUCAGCCGAAUUGAAAUCCUGGGGAAAAGGGGCAGAAAGGUUGCAGUUCUGCUCACACCAAGGGUGGUGGAUGCUUUGUCACUACUUGCCAGUAGAAGAACUGAAUGUGGCGUUUGUGCCACAAAUGUCUUCCUGUUUGCAAGACCAACGUCAAUGAGCCACUACAGAGGACAGGACUGUUUGCGUGUUCAUGCAAACCAGUGUGGAGCAAAGCACCCGGAGUACCUCAGGUCAACACAACUCAGGAAACAUGUUGCCACACUCUCACAAGUCCUUAAUUUAAAAAACAAUGAACUUGAUCAGGUUGCAGAUUUCCUGGGUCACGACAUCCGUGUUCACCGCGACUUCUACAGAUUACCAGUUCCCACAACACAACUGGCUAAGAUUUCCAAACUGCUUUUGUCAAUGGAGAAAGGACACCUUUCCAGCAUGCAGGGGAAGUCACUGGAUGAUAUUGAAAUUGAAGAUGAGAUUGCGUUAAGUGACGCUGAAGAUAGUGGGAGCGAUUCUGAUAACGGCAACACAGAAGUCACAGCAUCAGAGUUUGGAACUGUGGAGCCUGUGGAUUUUGGACUCUACAACCACAGAGCAAGACCAUGA